CGCGCCGCCCUCCACCCACGAGUAAUCAAUCACACUGAUCAGAAGACACCAGCUCGUCCCUGCUGUUCAAAUGCACUGAGUACUUCUAAAAGUACUUCUGCUGCUGCUACACCUGUACUACAGGUACUACAACUGCUACCACAGGUACUGCUACUAAUACACUUCUACUGCUACUACAGAGAUUACAGGUAUUACUGGUACUACUGCUGCAGGUACUACUAUGACUAUGAAUACUACUACUAUUGUUAUCAGAGGUACUACAGAUACUACUACUAAUACUGUUGUUACAGGUGCUGCUACUGUUAAAAGUACUAUGUAUAUAAUGAGAAUAUGAAACCAUGACGACUCACAUAUUUAUUAAACCUGCACUGUGUGAUUAUUUAUUUACACUAAUCAAGAGUUAUUUUAUUUUAUCUUCAGAUCGAUACAGAAGUUUCUGAUUCUCGUUUAAACGUCUGCAGACCUCAUGUGGUCUCGCACAGGAAGUGAACCACAGAAGAAGAAUCGCCGCACGUGGACCCCAGAGGCCGGGUGCAGGAGCUAGCUCCUGUUAGCUUUAUGCUACAUCACAAUAUUGAUAUGAGGUCAAAGUUCAAUGGUUUUAAGAGUUCUUUCAUCAUGAGAAACUCAGAGAUGAAGAGGCGAUGUAGAGGAGGAGCAGUGUUUCUGCAGAUUUCUCCGUCUCCUCUCACAUUUUUCCUCACUUCUUCACUUCCGCUCUUGUUUCCCUCCCGCCUCUCCUCCCCCCUUGUUUCCUCCCUCCUCUACACAACAUCCCGUCUGUGACCUUCACCGUCGGCUGUUUCCUGCAACAGGAAGCUCGUUUACAGAUGCAGGAGAGGAGGCGAGGGAGGAGGAGGCGGGACAAAGAGGAGGAGACGAUUGUUAAGGAGGAGAGAAAGGAUGCUCAGGUGAUGAAGAGGAGGUCAGAAGUCACCAGCUCGUUCUCUGAUUUGCUCUCCAUUGGUGGAGGAGCGUGAAACUUUGGACCCUCCUCCUGCUCAUGUGGCCGCUCACAUCCUCACUUCUCUCAGUGUGAGCGGAGGAGGAUGAAGGAAAAGGCUGCGAGGGACAAUGGAUUAAUUUACUGCUUCCUGUGAUUGUCUCCUUUGGACCAUUUAUAUGUUCUAGAGAUUAUUUGUAUUAUUAUCAGUGCACAUCAUCAUGCUGCUGGUCCUGCUUCUGGCGCUGAGCCUCUGCUAUGGCGUUCGCUCCACCAACCAGUCCUCCGUCACUAUCCGGUACCAGGUUUGGGAGGAACAGCCGGCGGGAACCCGGGUCGGCCGUCUGCUCGACGACCUCCGUCAGAGGGAGGAGGGCGGCCACCUUGAGGACUUCCAGGUGGUGGAGCACAGGAAUGUCCUCCCGUUCUCCGUGGGCACACGGGACGGGCUGGUCUCCACCCAGGGCCGCCUGGACCGGGAGGAGCUGUGCCGCGGCUCGGAUCUGUGUGAGCUGGCCUUCAGCGUCCUCUACCGAAGGAGUGGCUUUAUGAGCUUCCUGUGGGUCCGCGUUGAGGUGAUGGACCUCAAUGACAACAGUCCCGGCUUCCCAGCCCCGCUGCAGGAGGUGGAGAUCUCGGAGUCCGCCGGCCUCAGGAUGCGGAUCCCUCUCGACCGGGCGGUGGACCCCGACGCCGGGCCGAACGGCCUCCAGACCUACUCGCUGUCCGUCAACCAGCACUUUGCUCUGGAUGUGACGGCGUCGCUGGGCGGCGCCAGGCAGGCGGAGCUGGUGGUGAUCAGAGAACUGGACCGGGAGGUUCAGGCGAUGUACGACCUCACCCUUGUGGCGUGGGAUAAAGGGAACCCCCCCAGGUCUGGGAGCACAUUAGUCCGUGUUAACAUACAGGACUCUAACGAUAACAGCCCUACGUUUGAGGACAGUACCCCCACCGUGGAGCUUUCCGAGGAUACGACUGGCGGCACCACCAUAAUCCACCUCAGGGCCUCCGACCCGGACCAGGGCGCCAAUGGGGAGGUGGAGUACACACUCAGCAAGCACACACCUCCAGAGGUUCAGAAACUCUUUCACGUGGAUCCGCAAACCGGAGCUGUGAGCCUCAGAGCGUCUCUGGACCACGAGGCCCAGGCAUCCCAUGAGGUCAUAGUGCAGGCACGGGACCACGGGCCCAACGCCAUCGCCGCACACUCUAAGCUGCACGUCAAGGUCCGAGACGUCAAUGACAACGCGCCCAGAAUACACAUGACCUGGACCCCACCCAACUCCCCCGUGGCCACCGUGCUGGAGGGGGCCCCGGAGGACACCUUCCUGGCUUUGGUAAUGGUUUCGGACGCAGACGCGGGGGAUAACGGCAAAGUGAGAGCGCAGCUCCAGCAGGAAUCCGGCCCGUUUCGCUUAAAAUGGAUCCACGGGAACAACUACAUGAUAGUCACCAACGGCAGUCUGGAUCGAGAGGUGGUGAUGCAGUACAACAUCUCGCUGCUGGCCCAGGACUACGGAGACCCCCCGCUGAGCUGCGUUAAGCACCUGCUGGUUCGCGUCCUGGACGAGAACGACAACCCCCCGGUUUUCACCACCUCACUGUACAAGGCCUCCUUCGAGGAGAACAACGCGGUGGGCUACCGCGCCCUAAUAGUGGAGGCAAACGACAUGGACCUAGAGUUCAGCGGGAGGGUGUCCUACUUUAUACGGAGCCCCAACGAGGUGGAAGCUGACACCCGGUCUUUCUCUGUCCACCCGACUAGCGGCGUCAUAACCGUCCUGCGCCCUCUCGACUACGAGGAGUCCCACCGCUACUCCUUUGUGGUGGAGGCCGUGGACCAGGGUCACCCGCCUCUCACCGGCACGGCCUCUGUGCAAAUCGAUGUACAGGAUGUCAACGACAACCGCCCCGUCAUGAAGGAGCCUAAACCCAGGAAGGGCGGGGCCUCCCUGAGCAUACCUGUCAACACGGACAAGGCGGAGAUUGUGAUGGAGGAGGGAUCUGCCGCUUUGCCAAUCGAUUGCCCGGUCCGAGAAGGACUUGAUGGCUUCCUUGCGUACACCUUAAAAGCUGAGGAUCCGGACUCUGGGCUGAAUGGACAACUCAAAUACAUCAUUGUCGAAGGUAACACCAAUGAACUGUUCUGGUUGGAGGAGGCGACGGGCCGGCUGUUCGUUAACACCGCCAAUGCCACCGAGCUCGUCGGGAAAACCUUCAGAUUCAACAUUGCCGUGUCCGACAUGGGAAGUCCCAGCAUGACCACCGUGGCUGCGCUGGAGGUGACCUUUGUCAACUUCAGGGACCACCUGAAAAACUCUUCGCCUGGUAACCGCGGCCGGCUCAGCCUCGCCGUGAUGCUGGCCGUGAGCCUUGGGGCAACUUGCCUGCUUCUGCUGUUAGCUGUCGCUCUAGUAACGACCUUCUGCCGCCCAGAGAAGCGUGAUGGCCGGGCGUAUAACUGCCGGCGGGCCGAGUCCGCCUACGACCGGCACCCGCGGCGCCCACAGAAGAUCAUUAGGAAGUCCGACAUCCAGCUGAUUCCCGUCAUCAGGGGGCGAAAGGAUGCGUCUCCCAAAGACGACAGGGAAACCUGGCCGCUGUCUCCGCCCCCCAAGACGUCGGACAACGAGCAAACCGAGAGGCAGUACGCGUCAACGGCAUCCGUCGUGAGCGCCAGCUUCCUUUCCCAGGGAUACCCAGAAGGGGGCGCCACCCAGCACACCAGGAUGCUCCGGAAGCCUGGAACCAUUGAGCUUGAACCCCCAACGCAGCAGACUCUUUGCCAAGCCAGGAACCCUUCGUCAUCGUCUUCGGCCUCCCAUUCGAGCAUCUUUAGGCGCCGGGCAGAGGCCGGAGGGGAGGAGGCUGAGCCGGCGAAGUCGGGGUCCCAGGCGACCCUCCGGAGACCGAGGACCUCAGAAGGGCGGGGGGAGCCUGACGUAGAGCACCGGCAGAUACUGAGAGACCUGGUGCGGCUUUCCAUGGCCGCCUUUGGAGACACCAUCGAGCUGUCCUCGGCUUCACCCGAAGUGCAGAUCUCCCAGCUGCUCUCUCUCCUCCAUGAGGGUCAGCUUCAGCCGAGGCCCAACUUCAGAGGCAACAAGUUCUCUCAUCGCAGGUACGGAGGUCAGGACUGCUCUGAUUGGCUGAGCACUAAAGACAGCGGCCACGGGGAAAGCGAAGCCGGCGAUGUGGACUGGGAACCAGAGAGAGACUCACCCAUCGACCCCCAGCUGCUCCACAGCUCCGAUGACGUCUUCGCGGAGGUCGGCGACACGCCCUGGAUGGCCCGCCUCUCUCUGCCGUUCAACGCCGAUUACCACGACAACGUCUUCGUCCCGGACGGGCUUUCGUCCCCUGAGCGUGAGCGCCCGCCUCGGGACGCCCUGGAUUCCUCGUCCUUCUCCACCUUCGGUAAAGCUGCAGAGAAGGACGGCCCACUGGGCGGGGCCUUGCUCUCUGAGGUCAGCACUCUGUUUGAGAUGCUGAUGACGCAGAAGGCCGACGCCCACCCCGGCCCCCGACACGACGUGCUGUACCGCCUCUCCGCCGCCUACCGCCGGUCUCUGGCUCCCGACGCCACGGCCGCCGCAAGGAACUCUGGGAACUGUGGGACCGCCGAGAAGAGGUCGGGCCCGGCCGCUCCCUUGGGACUCCAUCAAUGAGCUCUGGAGGAGGAUGUGACACUGACAUGUGGUUUGUAAAUAAUGAUUCAUGCAGAUUUGCAAAGAGUGACCUCACUGAUGUGCCAUCAAAGAGAACGUCUCAUGGCUCUGACAUGUGACUACGAGGUCCGUUCAUCCAACAGAACAAACUGAUUCUUCAUAAAAGAUACUUAUGAUUACUUCAAUAUCAUCCAUGUUCACGCAAAGAAGAAGCCCAAAGAGCCCAAAGAGCAUAGCAACCCUCAGACAACCAGAACAGACCCUCACCCAGAGGAGCGCUUGUUCCUGGUGACAAACGUUGACUUGCUCUUCUGCAGUUUCUGAUUUCGAUCGACCUCGACGAGGAUCCGGUGAGUUCAGGGUCUCUGGGUGCUUUAGGGUCCGGAUGCUGAAGGCUGGUGGACCAUGACCCUGGUCCCCUUAGUGAAAAACAUGCGCAUAAACAACUUGCUGAUUAUUGAUCAUUCUAACAGAUCAUUCUUAGAUCAGUCAAAGUGUGCGGGGUGUAAAUGUGUCUUUAAUCUGAGGAGCAGGACGGCAUGUCCCCACAUCUAUAUAACGCUAUUAGAAUCGUGUAAAUGGUGCUGCACUUGUUACAUAUCAUGAGUCAUGGACACGGGAGCCGAGUGGAAGCAGGACAAAGAGGAAGUAAACAGGAAGUGAAGGACAUAAUGUGUAUUAUGGGACUGAGGAGGCUUUGACUUUUUGUUUGUCUGAAUUUUCCUUUGAGGUGAAGCAAAAACAACAACUGAAUUUUAACCAGAAAACUUUUGUAAAACCUUUUGAGGGAAAGUGUAUUUUCUAUUUGUCUCCAAUAAAAUGUCUUUGAUGUUUAAACAGAA